AGUCCACAUUUGAUCUAGCGCAGAGUCUCACCGAGAUGAGUAACACCUUUACAGCCCUACUGGGGGAGAUAGAAACAAAGAAAUUAGACUCUUAUUGAUAAAUUUUUUUAUUGAAACUGAACAAAUUUUUUUAAGAAACACAUUUUGGUUUAAACGAACAGCUUUUGCCGUGAACUCAACUUAGUUUUUUGGACUUCUUUGCCAUGUCUAAAGUCUAGAUUCGGAAAAUCUGAUGUGCUCUUGCACCUAUUUGUGGGCCUGCUAUAAAUAGGGCCCUGCUGGCAACACAUGCAUGUCUAUGAUAGGCGGCUACAGAGAUUUUCUUCACAGACUCUGGCUCCCGUGCAACACUGACAACAGCUUAAUGGGGCUUUUACGUUCGAGCCUUGAUCUUUGACAAGCCGUGGAUGUGAACACUGAGUAACACGUUCAUACUGUGGGUGAUAUAUCCAGCUCGGAUUUUACAUUUUUGGUGGAUUGCCUCAGUGGACGAUGACUUCCAGAAGGCCGAUGACUCGCUCUUUCUCCGGCAAUGGCAGGGCAAGCAGCUUCAGCGAAGAGGAGGGCAACUCUUCCAAUGGCCGGAAUACUUACCUCUCAAAUGUUAGACCUGAAAACAGCUAUUCAAGGUAUUCUCACUACAGGCCGGCGAGGAGCACAUUGUGCAGCGUCAUGGCUCACCUCACUGAAGACAUACAGCCGACUUUUGAGACCACCUUGAAAUCAAAGGCCGUGUCAGAAAACUGCAAUGUGAAAUUCACCUGUGUGGUAUCAGGUUACCCCGCUCCAGAAAUGAAAUGGUAUAAAGACGAUAUGGAAAUGGAUCGGUACUGUGGACUCCCAAAAUAUGAAAUUCGGCGAAAUGGAAAAACUCAUACUCUUCAUAUUUACAACUGCACGCUGGAUGACGCAGCCAUCUAUCAGGUGUCGGCCAGCAAUAGCAAAGGUAUUGUCUCCUGCUCUGGAGUGUUGGAGGUUGGCACCAUGAAUGAGUUCAAGAUCCACCAGCGGUUCUUUGACAAGCUGAAGCAGAAAGCAGAGAAGAAGAAAAGAGACUUGGAAGAUCAUUCUAAGAAAGGGAAUAAAGAAAACCUGCAGAAGGAGAAACAGCAGAGUAGUCCAGAAUAUCCUCAGCGGAAACGGUCUGUGCCGCCACCAGAGGUGAAGCCGGUGGUGAAGGAGCCCUUGGCUGUAAAGCAGCCGCCAGCUGCCGCAGAACCUAAUGGAAUUAACUCAGCAGUCAAGGAAAAAACAACUUUGCCACCUAUGGACAGUGGUCUGGAGGAUACCGUGUCUCCAUCAGAGGAAAACCUUGCCAAAAAGAGAAUUAAAAUGUCAAAUGGUGUCGAUGCUGCGGUUAAAAGCAGCAGUAGCAGCGCUGGUGGCAAAAGUCACGUCAUGGGGAACGGAGGUGAAAACUGUUACGAUGGAGGAAUCAGUUUGGCACAAUUUCUGGCAGAGACUCUCCACUCCCAGGGCGCUGAGGAGAAACAAAACUCAUCUCGAGUGGAGAAACCCGUAGAGAUCGAUUCAGCUCUUGUGAGCGCCAAUAAAGAGAAAGGGAGGGAACAAGAGGAAGUGCAAAAAAUGAGAGAAGAACAAGAAAAAACAUUACAGGAAGAGAAGGAUAGAAGAAGAGAAGAGGAACUGACCAUCGUAAGAGAGAAAGAAGGAGAAAGGCAGUUGGAAGCACAUACCACACCCCAAAGCAAACACAGUUCAGAGGUCAAACAUCACAGCAAGGGUCACAAGGAUCAUGACCACCACAACAUCCAGACUUCCAUCUCUUCCAUGCUUCACACGGUCAAAGACUUCUUCUUUGGUAAGGGCAAGAAAGACUCUCGCGAUCACACUGAGAACGAAGAGACGGAUUUUGACCACUCACAUGUCUCGGCGCAGCCUCCUCAACCAGACAUGCCGCCAUCGUUUCGGUUUCAAGCGGAAAUUAAUCCUGAGGCCUGUGAACCUCUCGCGGAGGAAGUUGUGCGUAUGGAAACAGAUGAACUCAAGGAGCCUUUAGAGACUGUGGAUAUAAAACAACAGUCAGCAUUACUAGAGCCACAUCAUUUUAAGAAUGAAGACACUGGCCUACACACAGAUGAAUCAGCAGCUCAUAAAUUGCCACCAGAGACUGUAAAGGAGUCCUUAGUGCGUUGUGUAACGGAAGCUGGUGAUGCGGUGGAGGAGAUGGAAGUUUCUGUGGAGCCGGAGAGGAGCAAUGCAGGUGAAGAAGUGUCAUUGUCGGGGCUACAAAUUCUCCCUAAGGGUGAAGAGGAAGACGCUGUGGUAGUCUCCGUUAUCAAAGAGGUUCCUGUGCACCAGCGAGAGCCAGAUUACCUGGCAGUUUCAUCACAGUCUGAUAAACAGGUGGCAACAGAUGAGUCUUCACCAAGGGAAGAUAAGCCUAUCGUGCCACAGACCCAAGGCCCUACUGAUGAAACAUGCCCCCCCUCAUCCACCUUCACUCGUUUGGAAGAUUGCCGGACAACCCCUCACCGCAUUAUCUCCAUUACAGAUAGUCGCAGCCUAGGAGGAGCGUUCACUGAAACUUUAAAGGAGGAGGUGAUAAGUGUUGACAAGGCGGGUGUGGAUCGUGAACCUGAAACAGCGGAGGGCUGUUCUUCCACUAAGCUACGUGAGGAAGAGAAAGCUGAAGUGAAAUCAAGCAAACAGCAACGUUCAGAUAUAAACAGAUCUGAGACUACUGAAUUAUCAACGUUUUCGCAGGAACACAAAAUAGAGCCAUGUGAAUCUAAAGCAACCGAUCAGGUGCCCUCAGCUCUUGCAGAGCAAGAUCAUGCAAACGAAGAGACCAAACGCACUUCACUGGUUCAGGAAAUGAACGGAGGAUUUCCGCCUACUGCAGCCCCAGAGAUUUUAGAGCAGGGUGACCUAAAAAUGCAGCAUGAUAGCGCUCCGUCAGUGGCAGAGGAAAUCAGAGAAGUUCACAAGGCCAAUGUAAUGCAGAGUUCAAACUCAGGCGUUAGAAGCAGCGAGGAGAGGCGUGCAUCGGAAGAAGUUUCGAAUUCUUCUGUAGAGAAGGACUUAGAAAGUAAUUUGUGCAACAGCCUAAAAGCCCAAGAGCAGGUGAUUCUAGAGAGUGAGAGCAAUAAAGCGAGGACUGAGAGUUUAGCAGAGGCAGCGAAGAGCUCUGCAAUGAAAGCAGAAGAGUUUGAUGAAACAAAGAGUCUUCCAUUAACACAAGACACUAGGAUUAAUGCUAAUGUUUUGGAGGAACGCAAUAGUAUUGGAUGUGAAGAUAACAGUGCGAGUGAUGGGAGUGGUAAGCAUGGCUGGCCCUCAGAGAAUAUUCCAUCAAUCCAAAUAUCCAAGAUUGAGGACGUCACAGACAAUGAACCAGCUGUGCCGGAUCUGAGCACAAGUGAAGAUUUCAUAAUCCCCAAAAUUGAAAUAAUGGAGCCCGAGCUCAAAGAGUGUACUUUGCCACUAAGCAUUCUGGCUUUAAACAAGCCAGAGCCAACAAAUUUGCAGGAACAUGAUGCAACUCAUGUGUCAAAGAUAACAAUUCAGGAUCAGAGCGUAACUGGUUCUCCAAGCUUGUUACCCACAAAGAAAGGUAUGCUCAAUGAAAGUGAUCUCUCACCUACUGAGAAAGUAAAGGAAGUUGCUCAAUUAGAUGAUGAAAGAGAAACAUGUGAAGUGCAACUGGUGAGCAAUGAACAGCUCCCUCAGAUGGACGACGCAUCAAUUCCUGUUAUAAAUGUUUUAUGUGCUGAUGACAACAAGAGCGAUGCUCACAUGUCACAUGUGUCACACUUUGAAACUCAGAGGGUGCCUUUGUUUGUGGUGCCACCAAUCUCUGUCACUUGUCAUGAAAGUGAUCCUGAACUCACACUGUCCACUCACACUGAGUGGACAGAAACAGAAACUAGAGCUGGCACGCAAACGGGAACUAGGCAUGCCGCUGACAAUUAUGUCACCAUGAAACUUGAAAAAACUCAGGACCUAGACGAAAAGUCGAAAAAGAGUAUCAAGGAGAGUGCCCCGGUUGUACAACACGAAGCUCUAGUGCCAAAAGCUGAGGACAACGUUCCAUCACUCAGUAAAACAACAGAAGACAACAUUGUCCCUGAAAUCAUGAAGCCCAAAUCCCUAAAAGACGCAAAGACAGAGAAUUCUGUGUCCGUUGAAGAUCUCCUUAAAAACAGAUCAUCCGUUGAGAGACUCAGCUCCAAACCACCGGCACAUCCGUCACUGAGUCCGGGGAGUCUGCGUAAGUUUUUGUCCAGAACUCCUACAGACUUAGACAGCGAGGCUGCAACAACUGUCCCUGCAAAUGGUGUGGCCGACAAGGCAGACGAAGACCUCAGCGGAGGCUCAACACCAACGUCAUCUCUCUCCUGUGAAAGCAGCCCGAGGAUGAAACGCAGAGACAGCCUGACACUCAUUCGUUCGGCCACGCCUGAGGAGUUGGCCUCUGGAGCUCGACGCAAAAUCUUUAUCCCAAAAACCAAAGAAGAUGUAGAAGCAGCUGUGUUCGGUGCUUUGGAUGGUCAGGGCAAGAAGGAGAACCCCUACAUGUCGCCCAGUCAGGCCCGCAGAGCGGCUUUACUGCAGGCUCCCACAGGACAAAGCACCCCACCGAUGGAGAGACGCUCUCCGCUGCUGAGCCGCAGGAAGGCUACUUUGGAGGUCCCAAAAGUCGUGGAGGAGACAACCAAGGAAGAACUGGCCGAUAACAAGCAGGAGGAGAAACCAGCUGAAAAGAAGAUAGAUCCUUUGAAAGCUCCACAGGUGAUACGUAAGAUCCGAGGAGAGCCUUUCCCAGAUGCCUCUGGACACCUGAAGCUGUGGUGCCAGUUCUUCAAUGUGCUCAGUGACUCCACUAUUAAGUGGUACAGGGAUGAGGAGGAAAUACUGGAGGUGAAGAGAAGUGGAGGAGAUGAAACCCAAGUAGCGUUGGCUAUUGUUCUAGCGACCAGCCAAGACUGCGCCGUGUACGGCUGCACGAUCAAUAAUGAAUACGGAACUGACACUACUGACUUCCUGCUCAGCGAAGACAUUCUGUCUGAAAUACUCCUAAAAGAUGACCUGGAAGUCGGAGAGGAGAUAGAGAUGACCCCAAUGCUGUUCACCAGGGGCCUGGCCGACACCGGCAGCUGGGGGGACAAGUACUUUGGACGCAUCAUGACUGAGGCUGUGCACGUCGGAGAGGGCUGCGCUCACAAAGCCAGCAAAGUGAAGGUCAUUUAUGGCCUGGAUCCCAUCUUUGAGUCUGGAAGCACUUGUGUUAUCAAAAUUCAAAGCCCCAUUGCCUAUGGCACCAAAAAGGAGAGCAAUCUUGCUGAAAGAAAUCUAGAUAUCACCAAGCAGGAAUGUAAAGUCCAAAACAUGAUUCGGGAAUACUGUAAAAUCUUUACUGCUGAAGCGAGAGUUAUUGAGAACUUUGGAUCUUUGCUUGAAGUGAUUCCUCGGUAUCUGAUCUACCGACCUGCAAACUCUGUGCCAUAUGCCACAGUGGAGACUGAUCUAAAGGGUGCCUUCACUAAGUAUUGUACAAUGGACUCUAAAGGCCGACUGACUACACAAAACACCACCGAGGUCGAGCAGAAAUGCAGCGCCUUCCAGCACUGGAUCCAUCAGUGGACACAUGGCAACUUGCUUGUUACUCAUAUGGAGGGUGCUGAAUGCAAGAUUACAAAUGUCAGAGUUGUGACCAAGUCAAAAGGGUACCAGAGUUUAACCGAGUACGGUUCUCCUGAAGUAUUCAAUCAGUUCCUGACACACCAUCAGUGCAACUACUACUGUGGACUUCUUAGCCUGCGUACACUUAAGACUAUGGAUAGUCUGCAGCAGCCUGCCAAGGCCAAGGGCUCCAGGAGCCCCCUGCUUAACCGCAAGUUGGGCUCUAACAGCCCGCAGCUACUUCGAAAAGGACACAGCCCUCAGAUGUCUAGAAAGGCAAAUUGUAGCCCAAAGGUGACUAGAAAAGUUCAGGAGACAGAGGACAGUAAAUCAGAUGCCAAACCCAAGCCUACAGGAACUCUUGAUGUUCUUGAAACGAGGUAGGUAAAAAGGAAGGCUUCUGUUUUAUUGAUCUUUAAUGUUUUUGUGGACUACGUGUUGUAUUUCCAGUUAUCAAAGGCACCAAGGACCUGCAGAGUAAGGUCUUUUGUCGACCUGACAGUUCAUUCUGUUGCCUACCAUGAGACAUCCAUCCUCCAGUUAGGCAGUUAACUUCUUUCCACGGUGCAGUUAAAAGACUCGUGCGAACGUUUGGAACGGUGGGCUCAGGGUUUUCACCCCUGUAGCUCACAGGUAGAAACCAGCAAAAGCCAGUGUUUUUUUAUUCACUUGGAAUGAAUGAAAAUAGGCACUUGGCCAAGUUCGAUUUGACAUACUUCUAUGAAAUCGCUUGCCUCAGAGUCUUAUCAGCUCUAUGAGUGGACUAACAACUCUCCAAGCAACGUCUGCUGCAUAAAAAAAAAAAGAAAUGUCAGCAUUCAAGUGUUUUGAUUUGAAGUUAUGCGGCAUAUGGAAUAUACAUGACCGCAGCAAGAGAAUUUGCGUAUGAAUCAUUAGUGCCGUUUGUUAUUGCCACGUGUUCAUCUUCUUUGCACAUUGAAGUUGAGUUCAUGCUAUGAAACAACAGCGCCAUUUUUAGGUCAAUCACAUUUGUGUGCACUUUGUUUUCGGCAUUACUUUUUAGUUGUUGUUGUUUUUUUCAGUACUUUGUGUCCAUUUGUUUUUGAGGCUGUCUGUAUUUUUAGUCUCUUGUGCAAUAAUUAUAAUUACAAUACAACAGGCAAAGCAACGGGUUUUCCAGUAACUCUUAAUAAUAAUAAUAAUUGAGUGUGUUCCCAGAAAUCUGUUAAAUGAGCACCACACAGUUACUGAGUCCUGAUCUGUAGACUAGGAUAAAGUGUGCUGAAUAAAGUAACCAAACAAGCCUAUUUGUGAGGCUCACUGUGUUUUACAGCAUCGAGAAGAGAAGAAGAGAGCAGUUUGUGAUACUUUAGACCGUUAACAGAUGCAUCUUAAGCGGAACCUAUUUUAUUUUUAUAUGUUGUAAGCCCAGCAUGGACAAGUGGAUUAAAGUCAUUAAAUAAGAAUGAAAUCUGUUCAGUUAUCUCAUGAGUUUGUAACGGCGUCUGUGGUUUAAUGCCGACAGAGCUCAAAUCCCUUUUAGAAAUAAAGAACUGACAAGAAAUCUGAAAGGAAUGUCUAUAUGGAUUCUGGGUUAAUGAGUCUUCAAAUGAGUUCAAAUAGCCUCUCGUAAACAUCACUUAUUAAGUCAAUAACUGCAUGAAGGCUUAGUAAUGAGAGAAAGCACAAUUCUGCAAGAAAUAUUUUAAAUUAGAUGGUUGAAAACACAGUAAUAUUAAUGUGCAGGUUCAGACAAAAUGUUGUAAUGUUUUUAGGUGUACGUGAAGUCAAAACGCUAAAUAGCAAAAGAAGCAGGAAUGUGUGAAUGACUGGAGCGAGCGAAUAAAUGUGUGUUUACCAUGUGUGCCGUUUUUGGGCUGUUGCACCACAUGUUGUUUUGUUAAAUAAACGUGUAAAACAUG